GCUUACUUGCUGAAUAUAUAAAUAGCCUCCUGCCUGCGCAUGGCCCUGCAGAGAUCGAUCGAGAUGGGCCGUUAUGCUUGGGGUGAUUGUAAGCCCACGGCAACAAUGCUGGCGGUUGUCGUCGUCUUCGCCGUGCUCAACACGCUCACAAAGAUGGCCUUCAACCAAGGGAUGCACACCACUGUGCUCAUCACACUUCGCCAGCUCACUGCCUUCCUCUUCCUCGCCCCCAUCGCCUACUUCCGAGAGAGGAAGACAAGGCCUAAGCUGACACUGGAGAUCUUUGUGUAUCUCUUCUUCAGUGCAGUGCUUGGCGCCUCACUUACCCAAUGGCUAUUCUUCGUGGGGCUACGGUACACUACAGCAACAUUUGCAUGUGCCUUCAUCAACAUGACUCCCAUGUUCACUUUCCUUGUGGCACUUCCUUUUGGGAUGGAAAAACUAGACCUCAAGACUGGAGCCGGCAUAGCAAAGGUGAUUGGCACAACAGUAGGGUUCACAGGGGCAAUCAUCCUUGCACUGUACCAAGGCCCAUCACUCACCAAACCCCAGCAACCAAUGGAGCUCUCCACUAUGGGUGUGGGCCAUGGUCAUGGUGCACAUACAUGGGUGACUGGGUCUGUGGCCCUACUUGCUGGCGCAGCAUGUUGGUCCUUUUGGUUCAUCCUCCAGUCAAGGCUGGGGAAGAAGUACCCAGCACUCUACUCUGGAAAUGCCUUGAUGUUCUUGCUCAGCUUCCUUCAGAUGGCUGCUGUGGGGCUGGCUACAGAGAGGGACCUGUCAGUCUGGAUCCUCAGAACCAAGCUUCAGAUCAUCACUGUGCUCUUUGUGGGAAUAAUGGGCUCUGGAAUUGGCUUUCUGGCCAUGUCUUGGUGCAUUGAGCAGAGAGGUCCAGUCUUCACCACUGCAUUCACACCUCUGAUACAACUUAUAGCAGGUGCUAUCAACAUCGUCGCUCUGCAUGAGCAGCUCCAUGUUGGAAGCGCCCUGGGCUCUGCUCUUGUAAUUGCCGGGUUGUACUUCGUCCUCUGGGCAAAGACCAAAGAGGCAUCAGAUUCAGAUGCUGCUCCAUCCAGCAAUGUACCGAUGCCGGAACAAAAAUCCAAGCAAGCAACACAACAACCAGAGGAUGUAUGAUAGAUAAUCGUGCAUAAUGGAAAUGGAUACAAGAGAUCUCAGAAAAAGUACUAUUUUGUUCGAUUUACUCCGUUUCCGGAAACAAGAGAAAUCAGUUUACUUUUAUUCUCGAGAAGAGAGACAAGUCAAGGUCUGCUUGUAUGUGCUACGAACAGGUCUGUUGUCAAGUAAAAUCCAAAAGACCUGAGUAUCCAUUGGGUCUGUAGUCCGGAACAACAUACAACCAUUGGACCUGUUGUACA